GUGGCAUGGAGGGGAUCUCACCUGCGUCCUGGGCCAAGGAGUUGUCAAGGCCAGAUGAGGAUGUGGGCUCGCUGCAGAAGCACCAGGAGGCUGAGAAAGAAGAGAGAGGUCUCCACAGCAGCUCCCCUAAGGAAGGACAGACCAGUGCCAGUAGUGAAACCCUGAGUCAGACCAGCCCAGGUGUUGAGGAGAGCUGGGAUAUGCUGUUCAACGAUGAUGGGGACUGCCUGGACCCACGCCUGCUGGAGGAGCUCUCAGGGGGUGAGAAGCACCGGGAGAGCCAGCAGUCACCUCGCUUCAACUACUAUGGGGCCGAACCUGCUGUGCCAGACAUCAGCGAUGAUGAGCUGCCCCAUGUCAUUGAGAUCUACGAUUUCCCCUCUGAUUUCCGCACCGAGGAUCUGAUGCGUGUCUUCUGCAGCUAUCAGAAAAAAGGCUUUGAUAUUAAGUGGGUGGAUGAUACGCACGCCCUGGGCAUCUUCUCCAGCCCCAUAACAGCACGGGAUGCCCUCAGCACCAAGCACCUGAUGGUGAAGACACGCCCACUCUCCCAGGGCAGCCGCGCCUCUAAAGCCAAAGCCAGGGCAUAUGCUGAGUACCUGCAGCCGGCCAAGGAGCGACCUGAAACAUCAGCUGUCCUGGCCAGGCGGUUGGUGAUUGGUGCCCUGGGGGUACGGAGCAACCAGACACCAGCCCAGCGAGAUGCCGAGCGGAGGAAGCUGCAAGAAGCUCAAGAGAGGAAGCGCCUGGAGAACAAGCAGCGGGAGGAUGCCUGGGAGGGCCGGGACUGAGCCAGGAGGCUGCACUUUCAGCCCAUGUCCCUCUCUGAAGGCAUCUGCAUCUCAGAGCUGGGACAGAUUCAGCACUGUGUUCAAAAGCACUGGGCUGCUUCACCGAAAGGGCUGAGCAGCACACGGGCUGGUUGGUGCUGUGGGGAUGCUGUUGCUGUCAGGCAGCACUGCCCAACCUGCCCAGGGCAGAAGCCCCAAGGCUGCCAGCCACAGCAGGAGCAGCAGCAGGAUGCAGGGAGCUCAGCAGAGAGCAUGGGGGGCUAUGCGGGGCAGCCCUGGCCACCUGGCAGGGCCUUGUGAGUGAGAGUUUCUGUUCUUUAUUUUGCUAAUA